UUCCUAAAUAUUUUAUCCAUUUUUGAUGCCAUUAUAAAUGGAACUGUUUUCUUAGUCUCCUCUCUGGAGUGUUCACUUUACAUAAUUCUUACUUGAACUAAACAUCUACUGUACUUAAUCAAUUACAAUCUGGGUUUCCCUUUGGCAUUAACAGCCAGAGAAUGUAAACUAACAUAACAGACCAAAUUUUUAGCACAACAUAUUACUUAAUGAAUUCUUACACUAUUCCACAGAUAUGAGAAGUUUGCAAUCUAGGAUCUCGGAGCUAAUAAAUGGUAGUUUGAAUUCGGACACCUUCUCGACAGUGUCUCCGAAUGGCCGCAGCCUAUUCAGAUCAUCCUCUACCGGGUGUUUGGCUAAGAGUGGUCGCUGGAACCCCAAAGGCGUGCUACAAUAAAUCUGCUGGCCAGUUAGCCAUUCGUAAAGCAAACCAAGGUUUCUUCUGCUUCCGGCACAGUGAGGCUCUCUCCCCCCAUAACUCGCUGUAACAAAGGACAAGCUCCUCGCAACAUAAGUCCACGGAUUUGGAAACCAGUUUGGAACCAUCUGUCUACUGCUUUCUAGAAAAAAAGGCAGGCAGGACCAGCAGUAACAGCAGAACCGCACUUCACCGUAGUCGGUCCAAACUUUACCGGUACGACUGAGCUCCCCGCCAGCACCGGGUCAUCGAUCUCGCGAGAUGAUGGGUCCUCGAAAGGCACAAACUUCCCCCUUUGCGAGCACCGAGGUUUUGCUGUCAAAUUCCGGGAGUGCGGAACUGGCCCCGUGGUGCUGCCUCUAAUCGUUCAGAAGUCAACUCCUUUUCUACACGAAAAGCUAGGCCUCAGACCGCUAUGGAUGGGCAGCAAGGGCAACCAAGCCAAGCAUCGCUGGCACUCGCCCAAGCUCACUUCAACAAGGGCGAAUACGCGGAAGCCGAGACGCUAUACUCCGCUUACAUUCGCCAGUGCGCCUGUGCAGGCUCCGAGGGAGCUGCGCCCGGGAGUAAAUGCAGCCCCGAGGAUUUGGCUACUGCGUAUAACAACAGGGGGCAAAUCAAGUACUUGAGGGUUGAUUUUUAUGAAGCCAUGGAUGACUACACAUCUGCCAUACGAGUCCAGCCCACGUUUGAAGUUCCGUAUUACAACAGAGGGUUGAUAUUGUAUAGGCUGGGAUACUUUGAUGAUGCUUUGGAAGAUUUCAAGAAGGUAUUAGACUUAAAUCCUGGAUUCCAAGAUGCUACUUUGAGCUUAAAACAGACUAUUCUAGACAAAGAAGAAAAACAAAGAAGAAUUAAUGAAAAAAAUUAUUGAAAGUUUUAGCAUAAUUGAAAUAUUAACUCAUGAUCCUUAUACCUGGCAUCUCGUUGCUUGUAAUGUCAAAUUAGGUGUUGAGCUAUUUCGAUUUAUAUUUAAGGUAGAGAUUCAUUAUUAGCACUGAAAGUUAAGUGAUGUAUUUAAAGUAGUUAAUUUCAGAUUGAGUAACUAUGUUGAAUAAGUUGCUUUUUAUAAAGUGUAAAUAAAUAAUACCAAGGUAUAGUGUGUUAUUACGGUAAAAUAUUUAAAGAAGAGUGUGGCAUUUUCUUCAGUAAAACUAUAUUUUUUGUUGUUUUCUAUUCCCAACUUUGUAUUUAAAAAAUUUGGCAUCUACAGAAAAGUUGAAGUACAAUACAACGAACAUCUAUAAACUCUUCACUGGGAUUCGCUAGUUGUUACCAUUGGACCACAUUUGCUUUCUCUCUGUAUUUAAAUAUAUAAAUUUUGCUGGACCAUUUGAAAAGAAGUUGCAGAUAUCCCAAUACUUUACCCCUAAAUGUUUCAGUCUGCAGCUUCUAAGAAUCGAGACAUCCUCCACUGCAGCUGCAAUACCAUUAUAGUACCUCAUAAAAUUAAUCAUUCUAUAAUAUCGUCCAUACCCAGCCCAUGUUCGAAUUUCCCUGAUUGCUUCCACCGUGUCUCCCGUAGCUUUUUAUUUCUGGACCUGGAAUGAAUAAAGUUACAUUGCCUUUU